AUGAAUAUCCGGCCUUCAAUCAACAGCCAAAAGGUGCAGAUUUGCGCCGACUCCGGCUCCGGACGAGACCUGACAACCUUAGAGUUCCUUGAGAAGAACGGGUUCAAGCAUAAAAUCUAUGACGUGACGAACCCGGAGGCUCAGCCGAUCUUGAGCGGAUGGAACUCCCCUUGCCCGAGAAAGGUCACCAGGUUCGCCGAAAUGACCUUCUUCACUCCGGGCUUUUUUCUCAACGGCCGACCCGGAAUUCUUCAACAAACGGCGUACGCCUGGCUCGUAGAGACUCUGGGCGCGGGCAUGAUCCUUGGAGUCGCUUUCUACAAGUCACGAGAGGCGACGCUCGACCUGGGAGCCGACUUGAUCACCUUCCCACAGGAGAACUUUAACGUGCCGAUCGUCACGGUAAAGGCGGGAGUCCCAGUUCAUCGACGAGUGUGGAGUAAAGCUGCAGUGAUCAUGCCAGCCGGCCAGACAGCGGCGAUCCCUGUUGAGUACUACCCUCUCCCAAAGGGACGAUCGUUCUCAAUGGAAGCUGAGCAUCCAGCGGUGCACAUUUAUUUGCCGUGCAAGAUAGCUCUCCACGGCGACAGUGGCAUGCAAAUCCAAAGCAGCAAGACAUUCGAACUGCGCAAUAAGUGUCGCACGAGGACUACCCCCGAGACCGAUGGAGGCCUAUAUAGAAAGCCGACCUCUUGA